ACACAUUUCAGUUUGUCAGGAUGAAGCUGAACAUCUUCUGCUGCCUGUUGGCCUGUGUUCUGGGCUGUAACGCCACUGCAGCUUUAAUCCAUACAGUAGUCAUGCAGAAAAACCCGGUUAACCUUCCUUGUCGUCGCUCUGUGGAGGGUUCAGUGACGUGGAGCAGAGAGAUCAAUGGAAGUAAAGUCAAGUUGAUUACUGCUACUGGUCGUGGAGACAUUCGACACAAUGAUCCAGACAGACGAUACGGCUCCCUGGCAGAUAAAUUUAAGUCACUGCAUAUUGUCAGAGCAUCUGUGUCAGACUCUGGAAGAUACUUCUGUGACGAUGAACCAGCUGCAGAUCUGACAGUGAUCCCAUCAGGAACAACGAUAGUUAAUGUUACGGAGGGGACCAACGUCACUCUGAACUGUAACUGUACUCAUCAUGUUGGACGAUCAGGUGUUCCAAUGUGGAGCAGACAAAUCGCUGGAAAACAACAACAAAUCAGGCCUCAAGUUUCCCCUCCGGGCAUGACGUUGUUCAUAACACAUGUUGAAGCUGCUGACUCUGGACUGUACUACUGUGACGGCAAAACAGCAGCUUAUCUGGAUGUGAACAAAGAACGUAUGACAACUACAGCAAAAAGUAAGACACCAUCAGCAACUUCUACUACAACUUCAAAACCAACAACAGAUUUCAACAAUAAAUUAAUUUGUACGUGCAUCCAAGCUUAG